UGGAAUACAAGUGCAGCCCUCGCUUUACAGUUAUAACCGCGAUCGCAAGUUUAAUUCGUUGAAAAUUUCGCAAUUUGCACAAUUUCCUAGCAAUUUGCACGUUUUAAUUACGCAACAUGUCGGAGAAAGAAGAAGAAUCGAUUGCGUAUUUGACGGAAAACGGUAUUUUCCCCCGACUUCUGGAGAUUUUAAAGCAAAUGGUGGAAAUCGAUCCGCUGCCAGCGGAUCCUCUGAUGCACAUUUUGCAUUUGCUGGGCUGUCCGCUGAUUCCGCAGGCCCAAAUGAAGGCCCUGGAGCGGAAAGUGUCGCGUGCCCAUGAUGAACUGCGUCAUUUGCGUCGUUUGGUCAUCGAUUUGGAUGCCGAGGAUCAGCUUUACGACAGCGAGAACGAUGUGGGCGAGUAUGUGGGCGAUGUGGAGGAGACCAGCUCCUCCUCGCACGAAGUUUCCAUGGUGGAGAACACCGACUCCCGGGAGGACUCACCGCAACCGGAGCUUGUGGUCUAUCCUUCCAUGUCGUCGCUCAAGGACUCAUAUCACUCAGAUCCAUAGAUCCCGCAGUAUCGAAUCACAUUAGCCGUUGAGCCUAUAUUAUGUACGGGAUACAUAUAUCCUUGGCAACUGCAUGUGAGUUUUGGACGUUUAUUUCUAUUACAUUUUGUUUAUUCGACGCAUUGUAAAAUCUAUUAUCCACUUUUUAUAACAUUGUAUUGAGCAGAGGCAUCACCUCAACUUAUCCAUUAAAAUUGUUUAUCAGCAUGAUAUAUUGAAAAUGCUUUCUUGUAUUAAAGAUACUCAAUGCGUUUCUUGCAAAGCCAAA